AUGCCUUCCAAAUCUGUCGCUACAAAACCACCCGCUCCUGCCUCUGACGACGAGAUUGGCGCUUCCGAUCUGGAGAACUUGCGACCCGCUCCCCCCAAGAUCAAUCGCACCAUCGUCAAGAAACCCGUCAAGAAGGCCUCUGCCACCACUACCAAGAAGACGACUGCGAAAGCGAGACCUGCAAACGAGCCUAUCGAACCACCGGAAGCUAGCGACGCCGAUGAGCCUGAAGCUCUCAUGGAGCCUGCGCCGAAGCCCAAGCAGAGGAAGCGAGUCUUGAAGAAGGAUCUUGUCACAAAGACUGCCGCACCCGCCCCUGAGCUCGAAUCUGUCCUUGAACCCCAGCCUGCCCCAGUAAAGAAGACCACAAAGUCCGCAAAGGUCAAAACCGCAGAAGCGCAGCCUGAAAAAGAAAAGCCCAUCGCAAAGACAAAGCCAAAAGUCAAGCGCGCGCCAUCCCCCGAACCUGCCCCAGUCAUCCCAGAAACACAACCUGAGCCUACCGAGAUUGAACAAUCCAUCGUGGAAGAUGAAGAGCCCCCAGCCGAUCUUAUGGACAUCGACAGAGAGCCAUCACCUCCACCUCCACCUCCACCGCCAAAGUCACAUUCGCGACAGCGCUCAGCCUCGAUACAUCGACAAGCUCCUCCUGGCGCUGCAUACUCUCGCGCACGCUCCACUUCCAGACAACCUGGCACAUAUUCACGAGGUCGCAGUGCCAGCGACACGGAAAGAAGAGUAGCGGAUGCAGAAGCAAGUCGCAGGUUGACAGACAUGACCAAGAAAUACGAAGAAAUGCGCAUGAAGUACGACUCGCUCACAGAACUCGGUCCAAAAGCUGCAGAGGCAAACUUUGAGCGCCUGAAGAAGGCGACAGACCAGAAAGCAAAGGAUGCAAACGACCUGAUCGCAUCCCUCAAGAAAGAACUCGCCGAACUCCGCAAGACCUCCUCAACCACAAUCACCGAAUCCGCAAAACUCCAAUCACAAGUCUCUUCCCUGACAUCGGAAAACGAAAGGCUCAAAGACGACGCAAAAGCCACGCAUCAAAGCCUUACAGAGUCACAGAAUGAGUGCAAAGCCCUGACUGCCAAACUCGAAGCCGCGAGGAAGACAAACUCUGAAAAGGUACCUGGAUCAGCCGUUAAGAAGAUUGAGCAUGGCAAGAGUGCAUUGGGCGGUGCUAGUGCAGAGACAGUCAAGGAGAACGCGUUGAAAGAAGAGUUGUACCGUGAUUUGACUGGUUUGAUCAUCACAAGUGUGAAACGCAGAGAUGGCGAAGAUGAAUACAGUUGUAUUCAGACCGGUCGCAAUGGCACGCUUCAUUUCCAUCUCACCAUUGCUACCGACUCGGCCGUCACGAAUCCAAAAACACCUUCUGGACUCAGCUACGAGGAUACAGAAUUCGCAUAUGAACCUUUGCUGGACGCGAAUAGGGAUUCAGAUUUGAUGGAUAUUCUGCCUGAUUACUUGACCGAAGAGAUUUGCUUCCCGAGGAAUCAUGCCGUCAAGUUUUAUACAAAGGUUGUGGAAAGUAUGACCAAGAAGGUUGUAGUUGAUGAGGAUUAA